UUAUUAAUAAUUGUAGUAAGUUGUUGUAUCACGGUCUAGCCGUUUGUGAUUAAAUUGUGAAUCACUGCGGUCGAAAUCUUGCUAUCGUCUUUGGGAGUUCCGAGAUAACCUCAAUCAUUGAAAAUGCCUUUUUCAAUUUUUUAGAAACACUGAAAUACUGAAUUCCGUAUCUAAUAUCCGUUUGUAAAUUGGUUGCAUACAUGCACUUGGACUGCACAUGUAGUUGUAGGUAUACAUCCAGAUAACUUUCCCGACACUCAGCAGAGUCGACAGUUCUGAUAAAUUUAUUGCCACCGUUGGUCGGCAAUUCGGGUGUGUGCGUUCGUUAAUAUUUUUUUUUGUGAACAUUUGAUUUGAAUUUAGUCUAAAUGUAACGCAAAGUAUUUUUCUGCGAUGGUGGUGGCCGUUGGAGUUGGGCCUGUUUCCAAGUGAUGUCAAAGACAACAAAUAGAAAAAUCUUAGUUCGGUGAAAAUACAUUAAUAGAUUAAUAUGGAUCAGUACAGUGCUAAGGCGCUGAUUAUUGCCUUGUCGAUAGUUUCGAGACUAAUUUUUGGUUUCACACCCCUACUUGUAUCCAGAAAACUAUUAACCAACAAAUCUACAGAUUCGCUGACAUCAAAUACACUGGAGUAUCUAGUUUCAUUAUGUUUAAGUUUGGGCGGAGGUGUGUUGCUAGCUACCUGUUUUGCUCAUUUGAUACCGGAAGUGAGGGAGAGCCUUAUCGGACAUUUACCGGAACACUAUCAACAUUAUCCACUUACUGAACUGGUUGUUUGUAUGGGUUUUUUUCUUGUCUACUUUGUUGAAGAAUCUGUAAAGCACUUUGUUAAAAAACAUAAAAAACGUAGUAAAGCAAAAACUACACGACACUGUGAUAGACUAUUACAAUGGACCAAUAGUCAGUUGACAGCAGUCAAGUCUGCUGAUGAUGUUAAUUCUGUUAGUGUAGAUCAAGGAACAGGAACUCCAGAUUGCCAAAUUGAACAAAAUAAUAAUGAAAUGUCUCAUGUACAUAAUUUAAGAAGUCUGUUAGUUGUACUAGCAUUAUCAUUUCAUUCAGUUAUGGAAGGACUAGCUAUUGGUUUGGAAGAAAAUAUGGAAAAUAUGGGUUUCCUAUUUUUAGCAGUUUCUAUUCAUGAAUGUACUAUAUUAUUUUGUAUUGGCAUAAAAUUAGUAACUUCAUGUUCGUCUUUGACAAAUAUCAUCUUAAAUAUUGUUGUUCUUACCCUGGUAUCGCCUUUUGGUAUAUUAUUGGGAUUGUUAUUAACAUUGAAUACAUAUGAUUUGGAUCAAAAUUAUCAUAUAAUUGGAAAUGCAACUUUACAAGGCUUAGCUGCUGGUACAAUCCUAUAUGUUACAUUUUUUGAAGUGCUAGAUCGAGAAAGAAAAAAGGAUACAGCGCCUGGUUUGCUCAAGUUACUAUUAACCAUGAUUGGGUUCUUCUUCAUGGUUAUGUUAGAAAUUUUUGGUGGACAUACCCAUAAAGAAUUUGACCAUUUGAGCCAUGAACAUAACAACUGCUCUACAAUGACACCUCAUAUUCAUAGACCUUAACAUGUAUUUCUAUUGAUCAUUUCAGAUGUAUUUGUUACCAGAUGUCCAGAUAUUGAAAUUAUAAUAAUCCUGUACUCCUUAAACAAACACGGUUUGCUUGUGUAAUUUUAUAAAAGCCCAAAAAAUACUUCUGAAAUGAAUUUCACUCAAUUACUCGCCUGGCAUUAAGAUUAAAUUAAGUUGUAACAAGAAUCAUUUUUAACGAUCUUCCAUUAUAUUAAUUUUAUAAAUUAUAAAUAUAAUAUAUCAAAUAAUGUUCCAUUAUGGAUUAUUAUUUUUAUUUUGACGAAAUGUGAACUUCAUACAAUUUAUUAUGCAUAAUAUGUAUUUGACUUUAAAUUAGUCUUAACUUUGUUUUAGUGUUCCUUAUAAUUAACUGAAACAACUAUGAAUUUAGUUUGUAAUAUUUUUUAGUUAGGUAGUUUAGUUUCAAUAUUUUUAUAUUAUUUUGGGUCAUGUUACAACUGUAUACUUUUAAACUAAUUAUUUAUUUACAUUGUAAAAAUUAUUUGUAUUAAAAAAAAAACUUUUGUCAAUUGAAACUUAACAAAAUUGAUUCUUAAAUGAACUCAAAAUAUUUUGUUAACACUCUAAUACAUGGAAUGAACAUUAAUACUUAUUUGUUCAGUAUUUUUUGUUUAAUAAAUGUUGUAAAUCAUAAAUCUGUUAAAUUUUACUUGUAACAUUUUGUUAUCAGAAUCAAGGAAAUUUUAUGGUAGAUACCAUAACAAUAAACUUUUUUUUUAAAUU